AACAUAGUAGUAAUAAUUAACGAUUUGUUUUUUAAAUCAUUUAAAUAUACAAUUAAUCAGUUCACGUUUGUUCCUACCCUCUGUUAUCCGUAGUAAACUAGAUAGUUACAGCUUUCUGUUUUACGAGUGGCAAUGAUGAUGACGUCGCUUAUGAUUUAAAAUUUUUGAAGUCUAAACAAUUCUAUAGUAUUGUUACAAUUGUAGGAACUUGUCGAACAUCAAUUUAUAACGCUACAGAAAAGCUGCUGGAAACAAUAGAAGAUGGCUUGGACGGGAUAUCAGAAGUUUUUAGCCCUAAUGAUGGUUAUCACUGGUUCCAUCAACACUUUGAGUACAAAUUGGGCUGAUCAGAUACAUUCCAAAGGUUCAGAUGGACAAGACAGAUUGUUUAAUCACCCAUUUUUACAGGCAUCUGCCAUGUUCCUUGGAGAAAUAUUGUGUUUACUGACAUUUAAAUUGAUUUAUUUUAAAACAAGAAAUACUGGUGGACAUUCUCUCACUCAAGGAAGUCAAAAUUUUAAUCCAUUUAUACUUAUGCCUGCUGCUAUGUUUGAUUUGAUUGGGACAUCAAUAAUGUACAUUGGUCUCAACUUGACAUAUCCCAGCAGCUUUCAGAUGUUUAGAGGAUCUAUAAUUAUAUUUGUAGCAGUUCUCUCGACCACAUUCUUAGAUAGAUAUAUCAUAAGGCGUGAAUGGCUUGGUAUAGCUUAUGUAACAUUAGGCCUUCUCAUAGUGGGUCUAACUGAUGCUUUAUAUCAAUCUCCUGGCGAGACAAAAGGCAGGAACAGUCUGAUAACUGGUGACUUGCUAAUUAUUGUUGCACAAGUGGUGUCUGCUUGUCAAAUGGUGUAUGAAGAAAAAUAUGUUUCUGGCCUGAACAUACCUCCCUUACAAGCCGUCGGCUGGGAAGGAGUGUUCGGAUUCUCGGUUUUGUCUGUUCUUCUAGUGAUAUUCUACUGGGUGCCAGCUCCUCCACACUUCGGCCACAACCCGAGAGGCACUGUGGAAGACGCUAUAGAUGGACUGAUACAAAUUGGGAACAGUCCAUUACUGAUGUUUGCUGUGCUGGGCACGAUUGUCUCCAUAGCUUUCUUCAAUUUCGCUGGAAUCAGCGUGACUAAGGAGAUGUCUGCUACUCACCGGAUGAUAUUGGACUCCAUCAGAACGCUGGUGAUCUGGGUGGUGUCGCUUGCCGUGAAGUGGCAAGUGUUCCACUGGCAACACAUCAUCGGGUUCGCGAUCCUCAUCGCAGGGAUGUGCGAGUACAACGGGAUACUGCCUCGCUGCUUCGUCAGAAGAGCACCAGACGACCAAGCGAGGGUCGUCAACACGGAGGCGGAUAGCCUUGAAGAAGCCUAAAAUGCUCUCCGUUACUUCUCGGUUACUGGAAUAUGGGUAAUAAAAUGUAUAGAUUCGCGGUAGGUCCUAUUGUCCCAAUUUCUUGUCACCGUUAAUAGUGAGGGAAGUUUGAAUUCUUAUCACACUGUCGGUCAUACAACUAUCAGGAGCCGAUUUCAUAUUACAAGUCCAACUGGGUUAAAUGAAACUCUUUUUUACUUCAACGAAUUCACGUAUUUAUUAGUUUUAAAAACAAUUAAAGACAAACUAAAACAAUAAAAAUUUUACAUGUUCAUGGAUCUGAUUGUGUUCAACGGCUAAAGGUGAAAUGGGCUCUAAUGAUACUAUUCGAACCAAUCAAAUUGUUGAUAUUUAUAACUAUCUGUCUCAUUGUUUUUAUUUUAUUAAAUUUAAGAAUAUAAAACACUUGUUCAUUGAUUAAUAUUAACCAUAAAAUUUCAUCUUUAAUAUAUAACUUCUAUCAAUAAUAUAAGUAAAUAUAUAAUUAUAACUAAAAAUAAUCAUCUUUUGUUGUGUGGUGUGUGUAAAACACCAAAUUUAAUGUAAAAUACAAAAUUAAUUAAAACUAAUAGUUAAUUUGUUAGUGUGG